GACAAGAUAUAUAUAUAUAUAUGGUUAGCAGCCUUAGCUAGCUACUUGAUUGCCAAUUAAUUAACAAUGGCAACUGAAAAUGAUUGGGUUAUUAACGUUGACGAUUCCAAUGACUGGUUGAAAGCCAUAUUGGGUAACGAAGGAAAGUCGUUGCAAAUGCAAAAGCUGCUGCUGCCAAAGGUUCCCCAAUUGUGUCGACGAUCCAACAAGGAAUCCAACAAGGAAUGCUACGAUCCCAUGGUUGUCUCAAUUGGUCCCUAUCACCACGGGAAUUCAAAGCUCCAGUCAAUGGAGAAGUUCAAGAUUGUUUUGGCUCGACACUAUGUCGAGGCAGGUACUAUUUAUGCUAUGCCUUCAGAAAAUGAAUUUGCAGCUGCAUGUAGCAAAGCCAAGACAUACUACACUGAUGAGGAGCCAACAAAAAAAUUCAAUGAUGGAGACUUCACUAGGAUGAUGUUUCUUGAUGGCUGCUUUAUUCUACAAUUCAUCAUUGAUUGUGUUCCGCCACAACAUAAGGAUGAUCAGCAGCAGAUCAGUAGUGGUCCUGAUCAAUCAACAUCGAAGAUGAAGAGUCAUGACAUGGCUUUCGUACGACGGGACUUAUUCUUGCUCGAGAAUCAACUCCCUUUUCACAUCCUGGAGUUGCUUAUGAGGGUCAAGUUUAAAGAUUCAGCUGAAGGGUUAAAAUGGAUGGAUAUGUUCAUCCAGCGGACAUGGGCAAAUCCUGCUGCACGAAAUACCUGUAAAGACAAGGUAAAAAAUUUCUUCAACAAGUUCAAUAGCCCAUCAGCAUCUGUAGCAUAUAAGAAAGCAGCAGCUGCAACAACUCCUCCUCCUCCUCCUCCUCAUCUUCUACACCUUAUGUGGGCAAAACUUAUCACCAAUGCUGAUGCGCAUGAUGCAACGGCAAAUAAGCAGAUUAAUGAGCAUCCAGAUGAUGCAACGGCAAAUAAGCAGAUUAAUGAGCAGCCAGAUGAUGCAACGGCAAAUAAGCAGAUUAAUGAGCAGUCAGAUGAUGCAAUGGCAAAUAAGCAGACUAAUGAGCAGUCAGAAGAUGCACCGAAUGGCAGUGAUUGGCACACUUAUCGCUCUGCCCAGGAGCUCAAGACGGCAGGGAUCCACUUCAAGCCCAGCGGAAGUCAUUGUUUCACAGAUGUCAAGUUUGAGCCUCAGCUUUACAAAUUAAAAGCCGUCCUAAGGCUUCCUCCAAUGACCAUUGAUGAUUCAACCAAGUCCUUGCUACUGAAUUUGGUAGCAUAUGAAAUGAGUCCCAGUGGACCGGACUGGAAUGGGGUCACUUCAUUCUUGUGUUUCAUCGAUUCACUCAUUGAUCUAGUGGAUGAUGUGAAGGAGCUGCGGCAUAAGGGCAUACUUCUCAACUUUCUUGGCAGCGACCAACAAGUGGCAGACCUCUUCAAUGAGAUAGCCAAUGAUUUAGUGCCCGACAGUGAUGCUUACAAAUCUAUUAAAAAGGAAAUUGAAGACCAUUAUAGGAACAAGGUAAAGGUCUGGCUUGCUGAAUGGCUGCACACUCAUUUUAGUACCCCUUGGACUCUCUUAGCUUUCAUUGCUGCAAUUUUUGCGCUUGUCCUAAGUUUCGUUCAGACUUACCUUGCUCUUUUUCCGCGUACAUGAUCAAACCUAGUUAUAGAUAUAUAUAUAGCAAUUAAGGUCAGUCCAUCUUAAGGUAUAGUUUGUUGGGUGCAAUAAAGAUUGCUUUCCCUCAAGGAGCAAUCUGCUGCUGCUAGCUAGAAUUCUGUUUUGUCUUUCUGUUGGCUCUUUGUUUGCUGUUGUUGGUUCUUUGUUUACUGCUGUUGGUUGUGGUUCUUCUCUAAAGCAAGCUAAUUUAUUUUUGCACACAAAUAAAAUAUGAUUGUGCAAGAAAUUAGUUGUUGGAAUGUAAUUAAUUAAAUUUGAAUAUGGUGUGUCCAACCUUGUUUGUUGUGGAAGAGCUAGCUCUCUCCUUUUCUUUUUCCUUGUA